AGUGAUUAGUGAUAACUUGUUCUGUCAUUACCUAUUUUACUUAUCUAUAUGCAACUAAAAUGUUUUUAGUUCUUCAAAAAUAUAUUUCAAUAAUUAUUAUUUUAAUUUUUAUUACACAAUGUAACGCUAAUGAUAUUAUAGGAUGCGGUGGAUUUGUCAAGAGUCAUGUUAGUUUGGAUUUUUCUAAAAUAGAUAUAGGCUUGUACACUAAAACAGGGAGUCUUAAGGAGAAGACAGAGUGCGCACCAACAAAUGGGUAUUAUUUCCUACCGUUGUAUGAAAAAGGAGAAUAUAUUUUAAAGGUACAUCCACCGGCGGGAUGGAGUUUCGAACCAUCCCAAGUGGAGGUGACGGUAGAUGGCGAAUCUGAUAAGUGUGCAACUGGCCAGGACAUUAAUUUCUUUUUCAAUGGCUUUGGCAUUACGGGCAAAGUGAUAACUGCAGGUCAGAAACAAGGCCCCAGUGGCAUAUCAGUUGAGCUGGUGAAUGAUAAAGGGGAAGUGAGGACCACGCUCACCACAGUUGGCGGCGAUUUCCAUUUUACCCCUGUUAUACCUGGAAAGUAUACUGUGAAGGCUUCUCAUCCAAGAUGGAAGUUAGAGCCAGCACAAGCUGUAGUGCAAGUGAAGGAGGGUAACACGGUUCUUCCAGAGGGUGUCCUCGCUGUAAAGGGUUAUGAUGUGAAGGGUUCUAUAACAUCAUUUGGCUCUGUCAUAAGUGGAGUUUAUGUGCUCUUAUAUUCAAAAGAGCAAAAUCCCAAGUUUCGAGUGGAAGGUUGCAACACUGCUCUACUGCAAGGAGUCUCAGAUGCACCCAUAUGCCAUUCAGUGACUGACACAUUGGGAGAGUUCAGCUUUGGACUUGUUCCCGCUGGGGAGUACAGGCUGGUAGUCCUCAACACACCGCCGGGACAAGUGUCUGUUACAUACAAUGUGAAGCCGGACAAAGUCGCAUUCUCUGUGCUACACGACAGCUUGUAUAUCAAAGAUGCCUUUGAGGUGACAGGAUUCACAGUGGUGGGCACGGUACUGGCCGCAGUGGGCGGCGCCGGCCUGAAGGGCGUCCGCGUGUUGUUGGACGAGCGGCCGGUCGCCACCACCGACGCCGCUGGCAAAUACACGCUGCCCAAUUUGCAGCCCGGCACUUAUACACUGGAAUUUCAACAUGAGCAGUGCGAAGUGGAGGCGCGGCAGUUGUCUGUGCUGGCGGCGGGCCCGGCGCCGGUGUCGGCGGCGGCGGCGGCGGCGGCGGCGGCGGCGGCGGCGCGCUGGCGGGUGUGCGGCGGCGUGUCGCCGGCGCACGCGCGGCGCGUGCUGCUGGCGCCCGACACCGGCGCCGGCGACGUCCACACCGCACACACCGCACACACCGCACACGACGGUAAAUGGUGCACUUUCCUGCCGCCCGGCGUGUAUACAGCCAAAGUGGAUGUCAGCGAACAAGAACAGAGAGAUGGUUUGCAAUUUUACCCACUCACUCAAAAGGUGUCGGUAGUCAACGCGCCAGUAGAUGGCAUCGUGUUCUCACAAUUGAAGGGUCGGCUCACCGGAAAGAUAAAUUGCAUAGUGCCCGCUGACUGUGCAUCGUUGACAGUCACACUGCGAGCGCUGUCCGUCGACGGCGGCUACGUGGGCCAGCCGCUCACUACUGUUGCUAAAAACGGCGCGUAUGAGUUCUCGGAGGUGCUGCCGGGCAGCGUGGAGGUGUCUGUGGAGGCGGAGGCGCUGUGCUGGCGGCGGCGGCGGCUCGGCCUGCAGCUGGCGCACACGCACGCCGCCGCGCCCGACUUCCACCACGUCGGCUACGCGCUGCGGCUACACCUCGACCACCCCAUCGAGAUGGAGUACAAGAGCGAGGACGGGAAGGUGGAGGGCGUGUGGUCGGUGCCGCGCGGGCCCAGCGUGCAGUGCGUGGCGGCGGCGGGCCGCUACCAGCUGACGCCGCGCGGCUGCCACCGCUACCAGCCGCCGCACUACACCGCCCUCGCCGCCGCCCACCACCAACCACAGGAGUUGCGUCUGACGGCGGCGGCGCACGCGGCCGUGGUCCGGCUGCUGGCGCCGGAGCCGGCUGACGAUGUGCAGCUGCAUCUCGUGUGUGGCUCGCGCACUGCCACUGCAGGUCCGCUGCAGCCGCGUCCGCACCCCGACGGCGGCUACGUCUUCGAGCACACGCUUUACUUAGCCGAGGGCGAGACGUGGUCGGUGGAGGCGCGGUCGCGGCGGCUGGUGGUGGCGGGCGGCGCGGCGCGGCUGGCGGCGCGCGCGGCGUGCGGCGGCGCCGGCGCCGCGCUCACGCUGCGGGCGGCGCGCGCGCUCACGCUGGCCGGCGCGCUGCGCCCGCCCGUCGCCGGCGCCGCCGUCACGCUCAGCGCCGACGACUUAAAACUAGUGCAAAUAACGACAGAGGACGGCACAUACAAGUUCGGCCCCCUAGACGCGUCCAAGAAGUACACCAUCGUGGCUGAGAAGGAGUCGUACGUGUUCAGCGGCCCGGAGGGCCCGGACGACGACAGCGUCAUCACGGCGCACAAGCUCGCCGAGAUCACCGUCGAGCUGCGGGACGAGACCGACGACACGCCGCUACAGGGCGCGCUGGUGUCGGUGAGCGGCGGCAGCUACCGGCGCAACGCGCAGUCGGCCGCGGACGGCUCGCUGCGCUUCCCGGCGCUGCAGCCGGCGCAGUACUACGUCAAGCCGCACAUGAAGGAGUACCGCUUCACGCCGCCGCACCACAUCCUCGCCGUCGCCGACGGCCGCCACCACCGCAUCACGCUCAAGGCGCGGCGCGUGGCGUGGUCGUGCGCGGGCCGGCUGGCGGCGGCGGGCGGCGCGGGCUGGCCGGCCGUCGAGCUGCGCGCACGCGCUUCCGGCGACUGCCCGGCAGAGGGCGCGCUCACCGACAGCGACGGCGCCUUCAGAAUCCGCGGUCUAGUGCCUGGCUGUGUGUACACCAUUGAACUGAAGGAAUCCUCGAAUCCAGAGUUGGCUGGACUGAAGCUGGUUAAGGCGCCACCCACUAUCGAGAUAAAAGACAACAAGGACAUAGAGAACGUGGUGCUGAUAGCCCACCAGCGGCAGCAGGCGACGGACGCGAGCGUGGUGGUGUACACGCCGCUGGUGGAGCACUACCGCACGCUGCGGCUGCGGCUGGUGGCGCUGGCCGCGCCCGCCACCAGCCUGCUGGCCGCGCGCCUCGACCCCGCCGGCCUGUCGCACCACCUCAACCCCGGGCUGCUGGUCGCCCUGCCCCGCCUGCUCGCCGACAACGCCACCUACACCCUCCACCUAGACUCCACGCUCUCCAAGGCCACGCAUCACUACGACGAUCAAGUACACUACUUCGUCUCUGACGGACGCUUCAAGCAUUUCUACAUUGAGUUCUUGCCGAAGGUGAAGAGCUCGGAGCAGGAGCUGCGGCAGAGCUCGCUGCUGGCCGUGCCGCUGGCGGCGCUGCUGCUGCUGGGCUACUGGCGGCGCGGCCAGCUGCUGCGCCUGGCGGCCGGGCUGGUCCGCCCGCAGCGGCCCGAGCGGCACGAGCGGCCCGAGCGGCCCGCGCGGCCCGACCUGCUGGACCGCGCCAGCAUCCACCACAUCGUCUCCUCCGUCAACGCCGCCGGCAGGAGGACCGCCAAGAAGAAGUUCGUGUAACUCUGUCGCUCCCUUCCCUUUGCUGUUAUGUUACGAGGGUACUAUUAAGCGACUACCGAAAGCAAUUUCUCGAUUCGUCUAAUUUUAUUGUAACUGUGAUUAUAAAUUGUCUAUGAUAACAUGGCAUCAUUAUCGUCAUAUCAGCCGUUAAAUGUCCACUGCUGAACAUAAAUUGGGGGGGGGGGGGUUCCAGUUCCUCCAAAAUCCAAAAAAUUAAAAAUGUCAGUAAAAAUAUUUAUAAGGCUUCAACCAAGGAAUAUAAUACCCUUCUGACCAGAUCACCACUAAAGAUGUUCCAGCACAAACAUAAAUAGAGUACCACAACAGUAUAUGGUCACACAUUGUAAUCAAGAAGUUGGAGGGACGUGAUAUGUUAACGUAGACAAUCUGCAUGUACCCAAUUCUAGUGUACUGUCAGCAUGUUUCCCAUUCUAUAUCACUGAAAAAUAAUUGUUUAAACCAGUCAGUACUAUUGUACUUAUUAAAUUUAAUAUUAUUCGUUUCAAUUUGAUUUUGUGAUGUCGACAUCUGUAAUAGUACAUUACUGCAGCGGUUAGCAACUGAGGCAUUGAUGGACGAACGUGCAAAUGUGGGCCGAGGUGUAGCCGAGGCACACAUACGUGAGUGCCCGCAUGUAUCUGGCCAGUACGGCAAGUUUGAUUUAUCUCGAAGAAGAUUGUCAAAAUAAUGCUCACAUUUCCAAGCAUGUUUGAGAAAAGAACUAUUUUGUAUUAAUUUUGUUACUAAAAUAUUUCUUAAAAACCUUAAAUACAUGCCAAUGGUAUUGUACUGGUAUUUUUCAUGAUAUUUAUUUUGGAAUAUUGUGAAAUAUAUAGAUUAAUUAAAAUAAAAUAUGAAGGUUAAAAAAACAGUCAUUUAAUCAAACAAUAAUAAUAUUUUAAUAAAUUUGAACAAAUUUCUUUUUUACAUAAAAAUAAAUAGCAUUCAAGUGUAAUGUUAUGAAGUUUUUUUUUUUUAUAAUUGUGAUUAUACUGAAAAUAAUUUAUUCUGUUUUAAAUAAAUUUAUUAGUAUAAUUAUGAAUUAUGAAAUGCUAUUUAAUUAUUAAAAAAGUCACUAGAUUAAAUUAAAUUGAACAAUUCAAGUAAGUACAUAAAUUGUAAUGAAUUUUAUUCAGGUCAUAAAAUAUCUAUAAAUGUGAAUUAUUUAUUUAUUUAACUUUUUAUUGCACCAUAAAUAAAAAUAUACAAUGACAAGUGAAUAAUUCAAGUGAAAUACAGUAACAUAAAUACAGAUUGAAAUAUACACAUAAAAGUACAAAAGGCGGUCUUAUCGCUAGGGCAAUCUCUUACAGACGACCUUUGGGUAAAGGAGUUGAUAGAAGUGGGCAGGUGGCGCAAGAGUGAAUUAAUUAUUAUGUAGGUAUUUGUUUUUUUAAUACAUAUUCCUAAUUCCCAGGUGAAGUAAUGAAUUAAACUAUUGUUAAUUAUAUACAAUAUUAUUUUUAAAUACCCUCAUAAUAAAAUAUAAUUUAUUUAAAAAAUAUACAUCAAAUAGUAAUUUAUUUUACAAUUUAUUUCCAAUGAUUUUUUUUUAUUAUAUAAAGUUGCGGUACAUAAGUGGAUCGAUUAAUUUAUUACAUAGAUGUUUUGUUGUUUUUUAUUUAUGAAUUGCAUUUACAUUAUGUGGAGAUGUGUGAUUUAUUUCUGUCUUAUUUAAGGGUGAGAAUAAAAUGGUAUGUUGUU